AUGGCGGCGCGAGGCCAUGUGCAGGACCCAAACGACAGGAGACUCAGACCAAUAUACGAUUACCUUGACAAUGGUAAUAACAAGAUGGCGAUACAGCAGGCCGACAAGUUGCUGAAGAAGCACAGAGAUCUUCACUGCGCCAAGGUCCUGAAGGCCAUUGGUCUCCAGCGCACCGGGAAACAGGAUGAAGCCUUCUCACUGGCACAGGAAGUGGCCACACUGGAGCCAACCGACGACAACUCCCUGCAGGCGCUCACUAUACUGUACAGAGAGAUGCACCGACCGGAGCUGGUGGCCAAGCUGUACGAGGUGGCGGUCCGAAAGGUUCCGAGCAGCGAGGAGUACCACUCCCACCUCUUCAUGGCCUAUGCUCGCAUUGGCGAGUACAAGAAGAUGCAGCAGGCUGGAAUGGCGCUUUAUAAGAUUGUCCCCAAAAACCCGUAUUACUUCUGGUCUGUUAUGAGUUUAGUCAUGCAGGCGAUCUCUGCGCAGGACGAGAAGCUGUCCCAGACCAUGUUCCUGCCACUGGCCGAGCGCAUGGUGGAGAAGAUGGUAAAGGAGGAGAAGAUCGAGGCGGAAGCUGAGGUUCAGCUGUAUUACAUGAUCUUAGAGAGGCUGGGGAAGUACGCGGAGGCGCUGGAGGUGGUGCGGGGCCAGCUGGGAGAGAAGCUGACCAGCGAGCGGCACAGCCGGGAGGAUAAGUGCAUGGUGCUGUACCAGCGCCUGGAGCGCUGGCCUGAGUGCAACGCCCUGUCACUCAAACUGCUCCUCAAAAACCCGGAUGACUGGCAGUUCUACAUGUCCUAUUUCGACUCGCUCUUUAACCUGCUGGACCAGGCCUGGGCCCCGCCCAAAGAGGGACAGCACUGUGCGGAGGGAGACGUUCACUGCUCCGCGGCUCAGGCCAUCAGCUUUGUGGAGGCGCGGCUGGCCGCGGAGGAGGAGAAGGAGUCCCGGCCGCUCCGCGGACCCUACCUGGCCCGGCUGGAGCUCAUUGGCCGGUUAAGGGGGAGGGGCAGCCCUGAGGAACUGCAGCUAGGUGACCCCCUGGAGCACAUGUUCCAGUACUUUCUGAAGUUUGGGGACAAGCCGUGCUGCAUCACGGACCUGAGGCUCUUCCUGGAUCUGCUGCUCCCAGAUCAGCGUGUGCAGUUCAUUAACAGGCUGACGGAGGUGGUUCCCCUGACGGAGUCGUCGCCGUCGUCGGAGGAGGAGGUGGGGGAGGGGCUGGCGUUGCCGGGCGACACGCGGGCGCUCCAGAGGCACCUGUGCGUGGCCCAGCUGGCACGCGCCCUCGGGCUGCACCACGCCCUGGACCCGCCCGGAAAACUGGCCCUCAUCCGCCAACUCAAAGCCCACUACCGCCACGGCCUGCAGUUCGGGAAGGCCUGUUUGAAGACGGAACCGCAGUUCUCAGAUAUGUACUGUCUUAUGGCCGCCCACGUCUACAUAGACCUUUGGAAGGAGACGGGGGACGAGGGCCAGCUGUGGCAGGGGCUGGGCCUGCUGGAGGAGGGCCUGACCCACAGCUCCUCCAGCGCCCAGUUCAAGCUGCUCCUCAUCCUGCUCUUCUGCGGCCUGGGCGCCUUCGAACCCGUGGUGGACCUGUACUGCAGCCUGGACGCCAAGCACGUGCAGCACGACACCAUCGGCUUCCUGUUGACCCGCUAUGCAGAGUCCCUGGGUCACUUCGCUGCUGCUUCCCAGUCCUGUAACUUCUCCCUCAGGUUUUUCCACUCCAACCAGAAAGAUACCUCAGAGUACAUCAUCCAGGCGUACAAGUACGGCGCCUUCGAGAAGAUCCCCGAGUUCAUCGCCUUCCGGACGCGGCUGAACCGCUCGCUGCACUUCGCCCAGGUGCGCACCGAGAGGAUGCUGCUCGACCUCUUCACGGACGCGGACGUAUCGUCCUCUCUGGAGGACAACGUGAGGUCCAUGGGUCUGUGUCCUGAGGAGGAGGACAUCCUGUGGGCGGAUAUGAGGGACAACCGGGACCUGAGUGUGUUCACCUGCUGGGACCCCAAAGACAGGCAGCUCUCUGAGGAACAGAGGAGGCAGUCAUUGGAGGAGGAGUCUCUGUGGCUGAGGGUGCGGUCCCUGACGCUGCGGCUCAUUGGCUCCCUGGCCCUGCUCGGCCACGCCUCCGCUGCGCCCCGCAACUCUGAGAAGGUGGCGGAGAACGGCGUGGCGGUGAAACCCGACACGUUGCGCCCCCUGCUGGCUCAGCUGGACGCCGCGCUGAAGGACGCGGAGCAGUUCACUGAGAGGGGUGUCCAGUACCCGUUACUGGGCCCGCCCUCUACACGCCUAGGCCCCGCCCUCUCCAGCGGCUGCUGCCAAUGCCAGGCCUCCGCCUUCCGGCUUUCCGCCCACCUGCAGGAGCUCGACUCCGCCUCCCUGGAGGAUACGUCAGAGAUCCAAACGCAAAUAGAGAACAGUUUCAAAUCUUUAAUAGCACAGCUACAAGAGAUGUUCAGUAAAUGCAAAGGCGACCUUUUGGAGGCGAACGGCGGCCGUUGUAAGACGCGGCCUUAUUUAUUAGAAAACCUGGUCUUCUUGGUGGAGACGGUCUGCGUGGUCCUGUGGGUGAGCAGCUACUGCGCUAGAGUCCUCCGACCGCUCAAGUCCAGCCUACAGAAGAAGAAGAAGAAGAAAAAGGAGACGAACACGGCCACGCCUGUGGUGUUCAGUGGGUACCAGGAGUACACCGGCGGCCUGCAGGCACUGCUCUCCCAGGUCCUGGACCAUAUCAAGGGGCUGGAGACCAGCCUCAUUGCACUGAAAUUAGAGGACCUGUCCCUGGAAGGGCAAGCACUUUCUGAGGAGGAGGGCGGCUUCGUUAAGAUGGCGAUGGAGAAGGUGCAGAGCAGUUACCUGCGCUCGCUGCAGGAGCUGGGCGAUCUGCUGCGGAAGAGAGCCGACACACUGCGGAGCCUCAAGAUCUGAGCGCCCGUCUCCCUCCCUCUCUCUCUCCCUCCCUCUCUCACUCUCUCUCCCUCCCUCUCUCACUCUCUCUCUCACUCU